AUGGGAAACGUACCAACCAGAGAAGAGGCUAGUGCUGGUCGCCGGGCUUCCUCAUUCUCUUAUGAGCAUCGUGCUAUGGGUCAUAGACCAAGCCACCCGUUUUCGCCACCCUCAAUGGACGGAGCUAGUCUUCGCAAGAAAAUGAAAGGAAAGGACAAGGAUCGUAAGGAGAAGCGUCGUUUGAAGGAGGAACAUGCCUACAACCUGAUAGUCAGGCAUACUGAAAAUGUUGAUGGGGGAUUCUUAGCGCCUUAUGGUACUUACCGAUCGAACUUAGACUAUGAUACAAACAUUGUCCGGAACUUGAUAAUAGACAGAAGAAUCGCCCCAUUUUAUACUCCUCUGCAAGACUUUGAAGAUGACUGGUCCGACGAAAAAUUACUGGAGAUUCUACGUUCACUUCCAUUACACGCUCCUCUUACCGAAGAUUCAUUGGCACUAGAGCCGGAAGAUGAAGAUGACCAUCGGUUGCACAGUUCUAACGGAUCGUUUAGGAGGAAGGAUAACCAGAAGUUUAAACAAACAAUGGCAAAAAAGACUGCAGAGUGGCAGCAGGAGGCUCAAAGGUUGCAAGAUCGUGAUCGACACAUUGCGAAACGUUCGUUAGGUGCAGUAGGUAAUAAUAUAGCCCUGGAUAUCCCAUCAGAUGACCUAUUGCUACUUCUUUAUAGGAGGGCUUCCGAAUGUCCAAUUUGUUUCCUUUAUUAUCCUCAAUUCUUUAAUAUCAGUCGUUGCUGUAUACAACCAAUUUGUACCGAGUGCUUUGUUCAGAUCAAGCGACUUGACCCCCACCCUCCUCAUGAUGAAGAAGGAAAUGAACAGUUGGAUACGAAUGGUGAACCGGAAACGCUAAUUAGUGAACCUGCAAGAUGUCCGUUCUGCGCCUCUAUAGACUUUGGAAUCACUUAUGUACCUCCCCCAUUCCGGACAGGUAUUAAUGCCAUCCCACCGUCAGAAUUCCGUUCCGCUAUAACUACCAUAGAAGAACUGGAUGAGAAUGCCAUCGAGGAUGAUGCGCCAGACUCAUCGACAACUACAAUUAUCACAGAAUCAAAAUCAAAAGCAAGGGCUAAGAAGUCCUACUCGAUUGAUCCUACAGUGCUACUAGAUCAAGGAAGACAUCGGCGAAAUUCAUUACCACCCAAUUCGCCCAGUGUGAUCACCACAGACACUAUCCGAGCGGACUGGGUUGGCAAACUAGCAUCGGCCAAGUCCAAACUGGCUCGGCGAUCGGCUACCGCAUCAGCAAUUCAUGCUACUUCCCUGAUAACAGAGGAGGAGCAUAUAUCUAACAGUCAAAGGAGAGCACUACGAGCAGCUAGACAAAACGACGAGAUACAUGAACUAGAAGAGCGUAUGAUUGAGGAGGCUCUUCGUCUUAGUCUUAUGGAGAAUCGAGACGAAGUGCAACGACGAAGGGCAUCGGCCCCAGAGUCACGCACGUGA